CUUCAACCCCGGAAGAAAAAUCAAAACAAUUUGUAAACAUAUGGACCGACAGAUUAGCGAGGUGGUAGGUUAAUUUAACAACUUCUAUGAGCACAAACGAAGAGCAUGGUGCCAUUGACAGUGAGCCGGAAACAGGAGUGCAGGCGUGUAAAGGCUGCUGGACUCUUCUGACUGAUGGGUGUGGACAAACACAUUUCCAUCCAUCUGAAUGUGUGUCUGUAGGAGAACCAAACCUCCAGCUGCGGCCGGGACUUCAAGACCGUUAAGAUGGACCUGUCUGACCAGAAGCACUUCACGGCUGUAGACUAUGUGAUAUUUGUGCUCUUGCUUGCUGCCUCUGUGGGCAUCGGGCUGUACUAUGCUCUUUCGGGUGGCCGUCAGCGCACUACACAGGAGUUUUUGAUGGCAGACAGGAACAUGCACUGUCUUCCAGUUUCGUUGUCGCUCAUCGCCUCAUUCCAGUCUGCUGUGGCAAUUAUAGGUGUACCGGCAGAAAUCUACACUCACGGUACUCAGUACUGGUUCAUCGGCUGUGCAUACAUUCUGGGCCUCAUCAUUCCUGCUCAUGUUUUCAUUCCGGUGCUGUACAGACUGCGGCUCUCCAGUGUUUCACAGUAUCUUGAACUGCGCUUCAACAAAGCAGUGCGUAUCUGUGGAACUUUGACCUUCAUCUUUCAGACGGUUAUCUAUAUGGGACUGUGUGUGUAUACUCCCGCCUUUGCACUGAACACAGUUACUGGAUUUGAAUUAUGGGGAGCAGUGAUGGCCACUGGACUAGUGUGCACAAUGUACACAACACUGGUGAGGUGGUUAAAGGCUGUCAUCUGGACAGACGUCUUUCAGACUGUUGUGAUGUUUGCUGGGCAGCUGGCUGUCAUCGUGGUGGGAGUGCAGCAGACUGGAGGAGUGUCUGAAGUCUGGAGGAAAGUCUAUGAAGGAAACCACAUCUCUGCUCUCGAUCUAAACCCUGAUCCUACAGAGAGACAUACCUUUUGGACUCUGGGAGUUGGCGGCGUCUUCCUCAUGCUGUCCCUGUAUGGAGUGAACCAGGCUCAGGUCCAAAGAUAUCUCAGCUCGCGCACAGAGAAAGAGGCUGUCAGGUACACAGACUGUAGAUCUCCUUGUUUUAAUUUGAUGAAAGCUGAGGGAGCCGUUUUGCUUACCGCCUGGACGCUGAACACGUUCAACUGCCUGCUCUCCAUCAUCUUGUCCAGUUCCUCCUUGCUGACCUCCCUGCCCACCACCUCUAUCUACCUCUGGAUUUACACGCCUCCCUGUGGCUCAUCUCUGCGUUACUGUAGCUGA